AUGGAUAGACUACGACAAGAAGAAGCAAUUAAUUCAUUAAUAUCCAAAUCAAAAAGAAUUUAUUUAAAACCAAGUUUAAGUUCUUACAACACAACAAUGGAAAAUAAUUUUUUAUUGUCUUCACAGAUGAAGAGAACAAUUUCGUUGCCUAAUAAAAUAAGCAAUUGUUUUACACCACCUUCAAGUUCUUUUAAUAAAACUUCAAAUCAACACAAAAUAACACAAAAACAAUGCAAAAUUAACAACAAUAAAUAUUUAAUUAAUCGACUUCCCAAAAGUCAAAGUCAAAAUGAAGGAUUUAAUUUUGUUGAUUCUCCUGACUCUCCAAAUUCUUCUGGUUAUGCUUCUUUAGCAAGUAGCUCUGCUGGACAGUUUAAUUUGCGUCUAACUGGAAUUGAAGAAGAAGAAAAUCAAAUGAAUGUUUCUGCUGCUGGUGAUUAUUUUAAUAAUUAA